AUGCCUACCCUAUUCAACACCGUCCGGACAUGCAUUUACCUCUCUGCAUUCGUUUGCACUAUCAUUUGUUUGGCGAUGGCGGCCCAUUUCGAGGCAGUCCUAGCAUCGUCCGAUCUCACUCGUUUUGUUCCCUUCGCUAUAUUUGUCUGCUCUGCUAGCAUGCUCAUCAUCAUCGCACUGCUCGGGUUCAGUUUCUUCCUGCGAGAGCGAAAUCCAAUAUCAACCAGGAUCGAGCUCGGAUGUUUGGGACUUGCGGGUGUGUUGUGGCUAGUUCUCGGUGUAUAUUUGGCAACAUCAGAAUCGCAGUCUGCGGACGUCCAGUGCUUUGCUUCAGAAACGUCCACCGCCGUUUUGGAUGACUCUCUCGCAAGCUUUCACACAGACCAAUAUCAAGCGAUGUAUCGGGUAUUAAACGUAUUUGCAUUGAUUAAUGCCGUCCUUUUCCUAGUUUGCUGCGUAGGACUCUUGUUCUUGGCAGUACGAAGACACCGUAAAGGUGACGACCACAUGUGGCAUGGUCCCGUAACGUCCUGUGCUUGGUUCAAUGACUACGGGAAGAAGCAACAGAACCGGAGCCAGAGUCAGAGGAACAUCCUUCCGACGCAACAGGCCCAGACUCGUGAGGUGUAUGUUGCGCCACUGACCGCCCCACCGGUACCGUCCAAACAGCGUCACCAGUCAUCACGGUCGAGAGGUCAUUCACAGUCAAGAAGAGGAGGGCCUUAUACAGAGCGGUAUCCGUCGUCAAGGUCUCACGGACGACAGGCUUCAGGAAGUACCUCGACAAAUGAUAUUGAGAGUGGGGUGAUGCGAAAUCCGAAUCGGACAGCAGGAGGUCCACGGGUUACGAAGCGGUAG